UUUACAUGGAAACAGGAAACCUAGAAUGUGUUACACCUACUCUCCCACAAACACAGAGAUCAGAUACCUGACGGCAGCAGACUAACGGCAGCAGACUAAAUCAGGAUGAUGAAGAUGUCAGGAAGAGUCACCAGUUGCUGUGUAGCUCUGUUCUUUGUGCUGAGCUCUGUGUCGGCUGUACAGAGAGAUCUUGAUUCAAUCAACGACUUGAAGCAAAUCAACUUUGGCCAAUCUGUGCCCACGCACAUUCUACUGCUGCUCCACUGGUUUGCCAACACAGUUGACAUCGACGACAAUAACAAUAUCAUAAGGCUGACAUUUGACCCAAACAGUGGAGAUUAUGGCUCACAUUAUUAUGGCAACUUUGAGGAGCUGUUGGACCCACUGCAUCGGGGAAGUGGAUACCGAUACUACACUGUUGGCAAUCUCCAUCAAGAAACGUCCAUGCCACUUCCUCCUUAUGUUGUCCGUCCCCAAAGGGAGUAUGUGGGAACAAACAGUGACAGGAUCAUAAUUCGUGUCAGGGGGCAAAACACAGGAGGGCGAGCUUCACAGAGGAUAGACCAAGUUUAUAUCACACAACAUAUUGGACGUCGGGGGGAAUAUGAUCCAGAUCAUACCUACAGGAUCACUACUAACCUCUUGAGACAGAUCAGAGAGUUUUCUGUGGGACAAAAUCAACUGUCACUAAGGUAUCUCAGAAGCCGCUAUGGAAGUAACGCUGAUGAGUUUCACAUCAGAAACACAUGGGGUGACCUUGCUUGCCUUGGCCUGCUCUUGUUUAUUGUGAUCCAGGAAAACAACAGACCACAAACCUAUUCCACACCACAAAGCUACACACCACAAAGCUACAGACCAGAAAACAGACAAAAUGGUGGGGGUAAUGCUUUGAUGAUGUUCUGCAUUCUUUUUGUACUUGUGAUAUUAGUUUUAGUUAUACUUGCAAGUAUACAGCUACAGACUAAAAAACAGACAAAAUGGUGGGGGUAAUGCUUUGAUGACGUUCUGCAUUCUGUUCGUACUUGUGAUAUUAGGUUUAUUUAUACUUGCAUUUUUUAAUACAUUGGGGAAGUAAAUGUCAAAAAAUGAGGGAGAGUAAUAGAUUUUUUCAUGGACGAUUAGAACCAUGAAGCCAGCAGGACUAAUAAGUUGACUGAGAACAAAUAAAUCAGGUACUUACAACACCUCAGUACCUCUAAACAACAGCCGGGGGUUGUUCUGUUUUAUGCUUUGCUUUGCCUCCAUAUGUUUAAUCUUAUUGUGUUUACUAUAUUAUCUUUUUUGUAAAUGGUGUUCAGUUAAGAUUGAGAUAUAGGCUCGGUGUGACAUGCUUGUGAUAAAAGGACAGCUUCUUUAAAUCACCAUUCUCAUUUACUAAAUUGUAGUUUGUUAAUAACAGCACAAGUUCUCCUUCAUUAUAAAAGUAUUUGAACUGAGCAAAAUGUUUUUUUUUUUUUUUGUAAAUUAUAAUGCACUGCUCUGGCUGCUGAUUCAUCCUGUGUCUGAUAGAGAUGAGGACGAUGUAAAUUGCUCUGAAUGAUAAAUGAAACUGAUAAGUGAAAGGCUCUGUGGUCUGUUAAGAGCAGCCUUCACUGAUAAUAUGUUAGCUCUAUUAUUUUAUGGUUUUGUAUUCUUUCUGUUGUGCUUGAAAUUGUGUUUAUUAAACAUGAAUUUAUCAGUCA